AUGCAUUUGACAAACUUUCUACUACUUUCCUUUAUGCUGUUGAGUUUUUGCGUCCAAGCAAGUGGAGUCAAUGAUGCAGGUUUAGACUCCAACUCAUCGGAAACUAUUUUGCUAAACAUUGGAACUACUGAAGUUAACGAAGAAUUGCCCAUCUUGCAAGAUAUACCCAUCUUGCAAGAUAUAGAUUCAAACUCAUUACUUGUUGACCCAAACGUUGGUGUUGCUCAAGGAGAUGAUUAUCAAGCCUCUGGCGAUGCAGUCUUAUUGGAAGAAGGUCAGGGUAUUCCCACUUCAAGUUCUGAACGCUUUACUACCAUUGCUGGGAAAGGCCAUUAUAUUGUUCCAUCUGAGAAUGAUGGUAUUGCAACAUCCGGUCACAAUGUAGACCCAUCGUCUGCUGUAGAAAAUGUUGAAGGCUGCAAUGCCUGUGUGGAAAUUGUUACUACAAUCACGGUAACCGGAGAAACCACAACAACAACAACAAGUACUGGAAAAAUUGACGAGGUAACUGCUGGUCCUAUUAUAGCUGGGGUUUCUGCUGAUGAAGAAUUAUAUAAAAGUACAAAUGAAGUUGAGAAAAGCAGUGAAAUUGAAGCAACUACAACUACAAUGUUGCUUACUUUCACUCACACCAUAACUAUACCAGAUCGUAAUACUACAACCUUUUACAACAGUAGUAGUGCCGUGAUCACUAGCACGAUUCCAUAUAAUAGAACUACUACCCUACUGAACUGGACCAGUACCAGCAUUGGCCUUUUUGAUUUAAAACUGCUGUUUGAUGAAAGUGUGAUUUACGAAGGUUCUGGUUCUCGGGUUUUGUGUGGAUCUUUCUUGUUGCUCCUUAGUUUGUUUAUUUGA